AUGGCGUCCGUUUUGAACAUGAAUUACGGUGGAUACUUCAGCGGCGGCGGCGGCGACGACCGGGACAGAUACGACAUCGAGUACGGCGUCUCGGCCAGCGACACGCUUCGGGCUGUCUACGAAGCGGCGUUCUCCGGUGGCGGCGGCGGCGUGGCAGGAGGCGUCGGCGUCGGCAUCGGCGACGUUGACGGUCUGUCCGUAGGCGGCGCGGGCUGCGGCCCGGGCGAUUUCGUCGUCGGCCGCGGUUCUCCGGCCGGCUCCACGUGCACGGCCACCACCACGACGACCACGUCGUCCUGCGGCGACCCCAAGUCACCGUACGGCGCGGACGCGGCCACCGACUUUGGGUCGUACGAAGAACUCCAGUCGACCGUGGCUAGCGGCGGCGGCAGGGCGUCCAAGAGACCCAACGGCGGGUCCGGUGGCGGCGGCGCCGACAACGUGAUGAAGAAACGCCGGCUGGCCGCCAACGCCCGCGAACGCCGGCGCAUGCAGAGCCUGAACCACGCGUUCGACCGACUCCGGCUGGUGCUCCCGACGCUCGGCAACGACCGACAACUGUCCAAAUACGAGACCCUCCAAAUGGCGCAGACUUAUAUCACGGCCCUGGACGAUUUGCUCCAGUGA